GCUUAGGUCUAUGUGCAUGCCAUUGUCUCACAUCACAAACAUUUCUCACACAGCCGAGACCAAAGAGAGACUAGGGACAUGUUCGCUGUUGACAGAGCGGGCGGAACACACGGUGAAUAGGGGCUUCUGAACCCCUUCCAGAAAAUGGGCUUCUCUGCCCUUUCAACCAAAAGAAUAACCUGAACCUCACAGCUACGUCCUGGACCCAGUUUGAUGACAUAAUUUGCGCAUAUGCUUUUGUUAUUUUGAACUUUAAAAUGUGGGAGAUGGUGGUGUUGUCGAUAGCGAGGUCUCCUCUCCUGUUGUCCAGGACAAGAUGGCAGCAGUGCAGCAGGCAGACUGUGCAUGGUAUGGGUAGCUUGUAAGUCCAUAACAUGUUCGGAGAGGCCCUGGAUUCUAUCAACUGUUACUCUAUAUGAAGGUCAGGUCUGAAAUCCUCAAAUAGGAAGAUGUCACACAGAGCUGAUGGUGUGUUAGGGCUGGGCGAUAUAUCGACUUUUUAAGGUAUAUCAAUAUAUUUUCAUAAUGCAUUGAAAUAUGACUACUUUAGACCCUUGUCAAUAAUGUUAGUGGACAGUAAAUUGAUUUAUAUUUACUAUUUUAAGGAUUUGCUUUAGAACAUGAGUCCAGUCAAGUCGGUAAACCAUUUCCCUAAAAUUUGUAUCUUUUGUGGUGGUAAAUACACAGAGGAAAACUAUCUCAACAGCUCGUGUUCUAUAUUGUAGCCAUCUCUGUCAUAAGGUCAACUAUCGUCAAUACACAAAGAAGUGACCAUAGUGGUCCAGUCAAGAGGAGACUCCGAUGUGCACUUGAACUGACACAGAGAUUUUCUUUUUUCUCCUUUACAGUCUGGGCUUGCUCCUGACACUUCAGCAAAUAAAUAUAUGUAUAUUCCCCAAGAACAGUGUGCGGAUUGUUAAUUAUAUUAUGCAUUUAAUAUAAAUGCUUAUAAUGGGUCCAUUAUUUAAAAAAAGAAAAUAAUGAAAACCUAUAUGCACUAUUCUUGCAGUUCAGUCUUGUUCCACUUUGAAAAAAAUGCAGCAUGUAUAUCGUGCAUUGCCAUUCUGCCUAAAAAUAGACAUACGAUUGUUGGUCCAUAUUGUUCAGCCCUAUGGCAUUUGUAUUGUUAAGGUUUACUCUGAAAGAUCGUUUUCUGAGAGAAAGAGAAACUGGGGAGCCAUCCAUGGAGUUUUUCCCCCUUUCGUCUAGCCCAAAUGUGAGUCCAGAUGCUAAAUGGCAGAAGGGGGUCCUAAAGCGUUUUUGUGUAUGGCCUCACAAGUCUUGGUCUACCCACCACAUGUUUAUCAAACUCAGACAAGUGCCUUUUGCAGCGUGAAGAAACUCAAAGUCGAGCCCAGCAACUGUGUUUACCAUGAAAGAGCCUACCCACGGACUUAUUUGAAUGGUAGAACCCUUGGCAUCACUCACCCGACGAAACUCGCGCCUUUGUUUCAGUCAAGAGAAGCAGCGGGUGGCAGACCCCGCGGCGGGCAGGACUUUUCGUUGCAGACGGUUGCUGUGAGAGGUGUACAGCGUGAGCAACCCACAGCAGCGGCGGCACAGCCCCAGCACAGGGCUGUCCCCUCACAGGGAAAGGGGCAAGAGCAGCAGGAUCGAGGAAGGGGGAGCAGCAGUGGAGCUUCAGGGAGAGCCAGAGGGGGCAGGGGAGAGGGAAACGGUUGUAGAGGGGGAGGUACAGGUGGGGAGGCCAGAGGAGGAGGAGAAGGUGUUGUUGGUGGUGGAGGAGGUGGUGAAGGGAAGGACGAAGGGGACGGGGAGGAUUGCGGAGGUUUGAAUUUGGCAGACAGCUCCCAGCGAUGCGGAUUGAAACGUAAAAGUGAGGAAUUAGAGAACUUGGGGAGCGCCAUGCAGAUAGUGGAGGACCUGUCCAUGUUGCCUGCGAUGAUGCAAACGAAUGUUGGAAACCCGGCGGUGGCCGUUCCGGCAGUGGUACCGGGAGCGCCCGUCAAACAAGGGGCUGGGGGUGGAGACGGAGACUACCAGCUGGUACAGCACGAGGUGCUAUGCUCCAUGAAGAACACGUAUGAGGUUCUCGACUUCCUGGGCCGGGGAACGUUUGGCCAGGUGGUCAAGUGCUGGAAGCGCGGCACGGGCGAGGUGGUGGCGGUCAAGAUUCUGAAGAACCACCCGUCGUACGCCCGGCAGGGCCAGAUCGAGGUGAGCAUCCUGGCCCGCCUGAGCGGGGAGAAUGCAGACGAGCACAACCUGGUGCAGGCCUUGGAGUGCUUCCAGCACCGCAGUCACACCUGCUUGGUGUUCGAGAUGCUGGAGCAGAACCUGUACGACUUUUUGAAGCAAAACAAGUUCAGCCCACUGCCGCUGAAGGUGAUCCGGCCCAUCCUGCAGCAGGUGGCCACGGCCCUGAAGAAGCUUAAGGCCAUGGGGCUGAUUCAUGCUGACCUUAAGCCGGAGAACAUCAUGCUGGUGGACCCAGUGCGGCAGCCCUACCGGGUGAAAGUGAUAGACUUUGGCUCAGCCAGCCAUGUCUCCAAAGCAGUGUGCUCCACGUACCUCCAGUCACGCUACUACAGGGCUCCGGAGAUCAUUCUGGGGCUGCCGUUUUGUGAAGCCAUAGACAUGUGGUCGCUGGGCUGUGUGAUCGCCGAGCUCUUCCUGGGCUGGCCACUCUACCCUGGGGCCUUGGAGUUUGAUCAGAUACGUUACAUUUCUCAGACGCAGGGGUUGCCCGGGGAGCACCUGUUGAAAGUGGGGACAAAGACGUCUCGCUUCUUCUGCCGGGAGUCAGAUUCCCCCUAUGCAGCGUGGAGACUGAAAUCCACAGAGGAUCACGAGACGGAGACGGGGAUGAAAUCAAAGGAAGCCAGGAAGUACAUCUUCAGCUGUUUGGAUGAUAUUGCGCACGUGAAUUUGGUGAUGAAUUUGGAAGGCAGUGACUUGUUGGCAGAGAAAGUGGACCGUGGAGAGUUUGUGAGCUUGCUGAAGAAGAUGUUGUUUAUUGACGCAGAGAAGAGGAUCACCCCAAGUGAAGCGCUCAACCACCCCUUUGUCACAAUGCAGCACCUGUUGGAUUUCCCCCACAGCAACCAUGUGAAGUCCUGUUUCCACAUCAUGGACGUUUGUCUGUCACGGCCUGGCGUGCAUGACACUAUUAACCGCAAUAAGGCCACCUAUAUCCGCCCAGUGACCACCACCGCAGGGCCCACCCUCACUGUGCCAUUCAGCAAAAUGGCUGGCUGUCACACACAGGCUAUGGCCCCAUCAGGCCCUUCAGUGAUGCACCCUGGGAUAGCGCUGCAGACAGGAAAUGCGCAAUUCGGCUGCACUGACUCGUUCCAGCAGGCACUCAUCUUAUGUCCUCCAAACAUGCAAGGAAUCCCCACCAACCCCGGCAAACCGGCGGGCUACUCUGUCCGCAUGGAGAGCACGGUUCCAAUGGUCACCCAAGCCCCCACCAUUCAGCCCAUACAGAUCCGACAGGGAGUUAUCACUCAGCAGGCUUGGUCCAAUCGCGGCCAGCAAAUCCUGGUCCCAGCCUGGCAGCAGGUGACGCCGGUGGCCCCACCGCCCACCUCGCUAGCCUCGGACUCUGUGGCGGGUCCACCGAGACUGGCAGACUGGGGGAAAGUUCGUCCCCAUGGCAACCAUUACAGCUCCAUGCUGCCCCACCCCCAACCACUCCUAACCAACCAAAUGACCAUGUCAGCCCACCAGCCCAUCAGCAUAGGCAUCGCCCAUGUGGUGUGGCCUCAGCCCGCCGCUAACAAACGCAACAAGCCCUGUGUCAACAGGAGCAACAACUUCACACACAGCACAAACACCCAAAGCUCAGUGUACCAGGGCCCAAAGAUGGCCCCCGUCAUCAAGAACGUGGAAGUGGAGACCGUAGAGCGACGGAACUACGCGGAGGCUGAGCGCAGAGAGCGCGUGUCGGACCGGACAGACACAAGCGUGGAGGAGGAAGAGCCCAGCUGUUGCAAGGUGGAGGAGGAGGAGGAAGAGGAGCUGGUGGUGGCGAAGAAACAGCAGCGGCAGGCCAUGGUGAUCGCCGACUCACCGAGCCCGGCGGUCAGUGUCAUUAGCAUCAGCUCGGACACAGACGAGGAGGACCAGCCACAGAGGCACUCGAUCGGGGAGUGUAAGGGCAGCCCCGAGUGUGAGGCGUGUCAGAGCACCCUGAACAUGGAGCGCGUGUGUUCCCUCAGCAGCCCAGAGUCCACCCUCAGCACCAGCUCCUCCGCCUCAGUGCAGUCCAGCGGCUCGCCCUGCAAACGACCCAACAGCAUGUCUGAAGACGAGCAGGAGAGCGGCUGUGACACGGUGGACGGCUCGCCGGCCUCCGACUCCUCCGUGCACAACGAGAGCGCCGCCUUCUUGGAGGGGCGCUACAUCGCCGACAGCAACCACAACCGCAACCGCAAGGCCUGCGUCACCGCGGAGACGGAGGUCAGCAAGCCGCCGGUGCGCACCAUGGUGGUGCCGCCCAUGAGGAUGCAGAACAACAACAUGGUCAGCCAGCAGAACAUCAACGCAGUCUUAGAAUCUUCAUGCCCAUUCAAAGGGCGCAAUGGACACGGCAGGCUGGCCCCGCUCUCUACGCAGUUCCUCAACCGCUCUCAGAAGAUCCCCGCAUUCCAGCAUCAGCAAGCUCCCCAGCAUCUGCAGCAGCAGCAGCAGCAGCCGCCGCCUCUCACCUAUGGGCAGGUGCAGCAUUACAGCUCCUCCCACCAGGAGUGGAACGGCAACUACAGCCACCGGCGACCGCAGGCCUACAUCCCGCCCACCAUACAUGGCCACACCUUCACGCUGUCGCACGGCAGCCCCACCCACAAUUCGGGCCACCACCACCCUCCUCCGCCGCCACCUCCACCUCCUCAUAUGGGCAUCCACCCGCACGCCCAGCCCACCCUGCUCUCAUACCCACCCUCGGGCCCCCUGGUCACGGCCCCCAUGGCCCACCUGCUGGCCUCGCCUGGGGCCACGCGGGGCAGUCACGUCCUGCAGCCGGCCUACAGCAUCUCGCACCCGGCCACCGGGCACAUCGUUCACCAGGUGACCGUGGGGCUCAACCCGCGGCUGCUGCCCUCGCCCACACUGCACCCGCAGGGCCAGUUCAAGCCCCUCUUCCCCCCGCACUCCUAUAUCGCAUCGCCCGCCUACGCCAGUUUCCCCCUCAGCCCCACCAAACUCAGCCAGUAUCCCUACAUCUAAGGCCCCCUCCCGGGGUGGCCUACUGCGGGAGAGCCCCUCCCAUCUGCUGCCAUUACGCCCCCACCUCCAUCACUGGCCUGCUGGGGCCGAGAGGGGCCUUCGCUGAAAACACAAACCACCACCUGGUUCUCAUGCCCAAAGCCAUGGCACACCAGAGAAAGCAAGCUAUAUUUUUGAAUCAUGUUGACUUUGGUGCAAUUGAACUUUGAGCUUUAAAAAAAGAAAAGGAAAAAAAAUGGUUAACACGGAGAAAAAAAAAUUGUCUGGAAGGUGUGUAGCAAUUACAAAGAAGGGGAGGGGAUCAGUUGAGACAGAAGAUUAAGGAAUUCAUGGACAAAGAAUGAACGAAUGAUUGAAUGAAAUGAGUGAAAUAAGAAACACUUUUAAUGUGUUUUGCACAUUUGAUACACUUUCUCAUCGGAUCUUCUAUGAGUGCUCCUCUAAACAGGUGAAAAAUAUAGGGCGCGUUGAGAAAAAAUAAAUCACAUUUUCGCACCGCCCCAUCCCAAACCUAUUUUUCUAUAUUGCCUUCUUCUAACUUGUGCAGGACACAUCUACAGUCGUAAAAAAACACCCCAGUUAUCCCUUUCAAAAAUGGCCAACAGAUGCACAUGUGUCCACAGUUUGGUGUUACGCGUUUCGAGUAUUUGUACCUUUUUCAGUGUCCUUGGUGUUUUCAGUGUUGAGUACACAUACCAGAUUAUAAAAAAAGGUUGUUCCCCCACGCUGCAUGUGUUCUUGCAUGAGCAGAAAUGUUAACAGAGAGAUGCCUAGACGUUGCUCUUAAUGUUUGUGUCCCCACAAUCGCUGCAUUGUUGAUGUGUCCCCACCCAUAGUGCCUUAAAUAUUUCGUAAGUCGUUCAUGUUACUACUUAUAUACAAAUAUAUAUAUAUAUACACAUAUGUACUGGACUGCAGCACUUGAAAUUCAAAUCAGUCCAUGCAUUCGACGUGUGUGUAUAUGUAUAUACAUAUAUAUCAUACACACAUAUAUAUAUAUAUAUAUAUAUAUAUAUAUACACACACUCUCUCAGAUAAUAGUAUUCAUGCAUAGAUAAGCAUGGAUGUGAUGCAUUGCGAGUACAGUGCAGUGCUUAUUUUUGGAUUUAGUGUAUAUUGGAGAGUAGUGAGUUACUUGUUGUUCCUUAAUAGGAGAACAGCAUGCUUUGCUUUCGCGAAUGCUCGCUGUUCAGUUUUAAAUGUUCAUAAUUUGUCUUUUUGUUACCUUCCCUGAUCGAAAUUAGUGUACAAAGAGCAAGCGUUGAAUAUAGCUUAAUGUUUGAUAAUCAAUUUCUAUUUAGUAAAACUCUUACUACUAACAGUAUUUGUACUGUUUAAUGAAACUGCAAUACAAUCUAAAUAGUUGUUGAUUUUUUGGUUUGUUUGUUUGUGUCCGUGUAUUUUGAGUUUGUUUGAUUGGGUUGUUUUUAAUUUUCCUAGUUGUGUAGAAGUAUGGUGGGCAUGGCUUUGACUAGAUGAAGACAAAAAUGCAAGUAGGUCUUUGAUUCAUGGUAUGGAUUCAUCUUAGCCGGAAAAGACCAUGCAGUAUUUGAUAUAGACUCAUAUAUAUAUCGGAGUAUAUAUAUAUAUAUAUACAUAUAUAUUACAUAGAGCUAGUCUAUUUAGUGCUGAAGCUUGACAAAGGUGUGAGUUUUACAGUGCAAUUUUCUCAUUUAUGCAUGUGUGACAACUUUAACUUCCCCUCCCCUCCUCACCCUCCUCUUUAUUUUACCAUUUGUUUCAAAGCUUAUUGGUGUCGACUGCUUAUUUUAUACAUUCCGUCAGGGAGAAAAGUAUAUAUAUAUGCUGUGUGGGUUUUUAAUUUUCCAGUUUGUUUUGCUAGUUGCGUGUGUAAAGGUUGUUUUGUGUUUUUUUUUUUUUGUCUCUUACUUUCAAAAUGAAGUUGCUUGUGGAGCACCAAAGACUGUAAUUCAUUUCCUGAGCAAGGUAGCUACUCGUUUGUUCGUUUUGUUUUUUCUGCAUAGACCUCAAGUAUACUGUAGGAAUUAUAGUCACGGGGUAAAUUAAAUGGUAAAAAAAGCGGCUGAGGUUAUGUUUAGCUUCUUGAGCGAGUAAUAAGUCGUAUCAUUUAUCUUGAAUGUAUCAUAGAUUAAGCUGCUAUGUAAUGAUUGCCACUUCAAAUAGCUGUGAAAUGAGGUGAUUUUGUUUUCUCUUUGUUCAUACCUAGCAUUCUUUUUUUUGUGUAGGUCUCUCUAAUUACCUGAAAUAGAAGUGUUUUUUCCUGAUUUUUAAUAUAUAUUUUUGGCUUUCAUUGGUUGGAGUGUCAUUGUAACUACUGUAAUGCUGAUAAUGGAUAUUAGUUGCAUCUGUUUAUGUUUUAGGGUGUGUGUUUGUUUGGAAUCAGUAUUUUAUCCUCAUUAACCUUUUUGGGCUCAUCACUGCAUAUAAAUGGAUGUAUCGAUGUAACUUAAUUUUUGUAUGUUUUCAUAUUGGUGUUUUUGUUUGUGUUGACAUGUAACAGUUCUAGCUUGCAGGAUUGAUUUAACUUUUUACGUUCUAGUAGUUCAGAUUCUACUAACAGACUUUAGACUUUGAAUGGGGCUCUGCACUGCUCUGAGAUGUCUUUCGAGUGAAUGAUACUGGUGAAGGGACUGUGUGCGAUUGCUUUUGUUACAUCACUCGUCACGAAGCACUUCUUAGUCAAUGCAGGAGUUUCCGUUGGAAUUGGGGGUCACCUAGGGUUGCUUUCUGUGUCGAGGAUAUGAGAUAUGAACUUGUCUCUCGCGUACCAAACCAUGAAAUCUUUACUGUACUUCUCUUUUCUUUUUUUUUUCUUUCUUUUUUUUUUUACCUGAGAUCCAAUUCUGUCCCAUUCAAACUGUUAAUGUAUCUGUUGAUCAAUUAACUAGUGUGGAAAGAGGAAAGGCGGGGAAAGAAUCAGUUGUUUAAUAUCAAAAACAGAACUUGUAAGAGCAAACCAUGCCAGUUCCUUGUUUUUCCACGCUGAUGUUGAUGGUGUUAUUUACUGUUUACGUGCCUUGAGAAUUUGUGGUUAAGAGCAUUGAAAAGAAUGUUGCUGCCCUCUCUUGCUCUCUCUCUCUCUCUUUCUCCAUCUCUCCCCGUGCUGGUGAGGUGGUGUAUCGAGAUCCAUUACAGAUCAGUUUACCCAUGCAAAAAGGAUACAAUACACACACAUGCACAUACACGAGGGACAGAUCGACCAAAAAACACAAAAUAGACAAAAAAAUUACUAUUUCAGUCAUUCCAGGGAUCGAAAUACACCUUAAGGAAAAAUGUUGUUACUUGCCAGCUUCUGCAAGCUCCCUAGACUGUUCUAUUGUCCACAGCAGAAGUAAAAAGAGAGAGGAAAAAAAAACCUUGAGAAGAAUAGACCUCAAGCAGAAAGGGCACCUGCGCCCCACUGUUGAAACCUGCUCUUUUUUCUUGUAGCUCGGUGACUGGGUAUUGCUAUACUGUUAAUUUGUUGUUCGUGCUGGACACGUGGCCUGGUAGUUUUGGCCUUGCAGUCUUUGCACUCUUUUUAAGUGUUCUUAGAUCUCACUGGGGUCCAGCUCUGCACCUGUCCGACACAGAUUCACAUGUAUACACACACACACACACACCGCAGUGACCUGCUGUCUCACACCGCGCACACGCACCGUGCAUGUCUGUAGUGAGGUCCACCCAUGUGUAGUUAUAGUUUUUGAGUGCCACCGUUGAACACUCUCCAACUCCUAGGGCUGUACAAAACAAGGCCGACCUUGCCUUUGUCCUGUGGUGUGCAAACUUUGACUAGCUUCUUGAGCUGCUCUGUGCUUUAACAGUAGGUGUUGUGGAAUACACUGUUUGGUUGGUAGUGACUCACUAGUGAUCACUAGUGAUCAUCUUGACUGUUGAGGAAUGGCCAAAGACCAGUGGUUCUUUUUUUCCCGACUGAUCUGAAAAGCAUGGCCUUUGUCUCUUCCUCCCCCAAAUGCUUCAUGUCUAAACCAUAGCUGUAUUUCGAUUCCUGAAGUGGCAAUCACCAGCGACUAUUCAUGCACAGUUUCCGAUGUUCUGUAUAUUUAAUGAAAAUCAACGGGACAAUUGUUUAUUUCACUAAUCAGCAGUACGAAUAUGAAAAACGUAUUUUAUCUGUUUUUUCUUUUUCUUUUAACAAGACGUGUUAAAAACGGCCGUUUUUAAUUGCCUCUAUGAUUGCUUUUAACAUUUGAUUUGACACCUUUCAAAUGGUAUUAUGCUCUUAAAGUGAAUUCAGGGUCUUUAUAUUAAUCUGACAUUGCUACUGUUAUCCUGAUGCCCAUACUACUCAUUUGAGCGGCUUAUUUUUGAUCUACUUCUAACAGUUAUACAGGUUGCUUUAAGAACUCACUUAAGUCUGAAAAAGUUAAUUCACGCUGCAAGUUAUAGAAUCACCAUUUUAAGAUUACUCAUCGAAGAGGCUUGAUUACUCGAUCUAAACUGUUACUGUUUUAAGGAUUCUUGGAUUUUAUUUCUGUGGCUUUAUUCUUUUCUUUUUUUUUUUCCCUUUUUGAUUUGCUCUUUUUUGGGUUUAUGCUACACUAGUUUGCUAUGUAGCAAUUGCACUGUGCAAUAUUUGACAGAAUGAGGACUGGGAAAAAAUACCCUCUGUAAUGUCUACAGUUUGCGAUAGUGUUUCCUCUCUAGUUCUCAGUCAUUUAGAUGUGACCAAGCCUUCUCUCCUUUGUCACAUUGAGCGGGUUUUCCAGGUGACUAUUUUGGUGAGUGUCAAAAUAAAACUUUAUGGUGUAUUAUCGUCAAGAUUCACUUUGAAUUAAAAAAAAAAAUCUA